AUGGCGUCCGCCGACGCGGAGAAGACUGAGAACAAGAUUGAGGGCACCAUCGAAGCCGCCCAAGAAUUACAAGAAGACCCUCAAUCCCAUGUCAACCCAGAUACAAUCGAGAAAAAGGUCGUCGAAGAAGCCCGAGAAGCUGGUUCGGCAGCAUACCAAUUCGACCCCGAUGCUUCACCAGAAGACAAGGCCAAUGCCGCCAAGGGGCGACUGCCGCCUGAUUUCCACCACCCACAUAAGCCGCAGGGCAUUGCGGUGGUCACAGAUAAGACCGAUGGAAAAGCAGACUAUGACCUCCCUGCGCCGCAAUCUGUGAAUGCUAUUAUGGCCGAAGACGCGACGAGAGCGGAGGAGGGAAAGCCGAUCGAUGAAGAUCUCCGAUGGGCGCGCGAUCGCACAGGUUGGGCACCCAAGUUUGUCACGGAAAAGCCUGAUGGGCUUGAUGAGGAGGGCACUUUGCUCGAUCAUCAGGAUUUUCUCGAAGGUCGGAUUCCUGAUAAGUUCUUUGGCGAUUGGUAUCACAAUGCGGCGAUUAUCGUCUUUGCCUGCUUGUCUUCUUGGCUGAUUGCCGUGCUGGGCGGUGGUAUCGGAUGGGUGCUCAUGAUUAUGGCCGCUUGCAGUACCUACUACCGGACCUCGAUUCGUCGCGUGCGCCGCAACUUCCGUGAUGAUAUUAGUCGGGAAAUGUCCAAGCAGCGCCUCGAGACUGAUACCGAGAGCUUGGAGUGGAUUAACAGCUUCCUCGUCAAGUUCUGGCCUAUCUACGCCCCCGUUCUCUGUGAUACUAUUAUCAACUCGGUCGACCAGGUCCUGAGUACCUCUACCCCCGCUUUCUUGGAUAGCUUGCGUCUCAAGACUUUCGUCCUCGGUACCAAGCCUCCUCGUCUCGAGCAUGUCAAGACAUACCCCAAGACAGAGCCGGAUACCGUUAUCAUGGACUGGAAGUUCAGCUUCACUCCUAAUGAUACCAUGGAUUUGACUGCCCGCCAGUUGAAAGAUAAGAUCAACCCCAAGGUCGUGCUGGAGGUACGUGUCGGAAAGGGCAUGGUCAGCAAAGGUCUCGACGUGAUUGUCGAGGACAUGGCUUGCUCUGGUCUUAUGCGCGUCAAGGUCAAGCUCCAAAUUCCCUUCCCCCACAUCGAGCGCGUGGACGUCUGCUUCUUGGAUAAGCCCGAACUCGACUACGUCUGCAAGCCUCUUGGUGGUGACCACCUUGGAUUCGACAUCAACUUCAUCCCCGGUCUGGAGCACUUCAUCAAGGACCAGAUUCACGCCAAUCUGCAACCCAUGAUGUACGACCCUAACGUGUUCCCCAUUGAAAUCGCGAAGAUGCUUGCUGGAAACCCUGUUGACCAGGCUAUUGGUGUGGUGGCUAUCACUCUGCACGGCGCUCACCAGCUCAAGAACCCGGACAAGUUCUCUGGUACUCCUGACCCAUAUGCCGUGGUUUCUUUGAACAACCGCACCGAGCUUGGCCGCACUAAGAUUAUCCACGACACCGACAGUCCCCGCUGGAAUGAGACCAUCUAUGUAAUUAUUACUUCCUUCUCCGAUGCUUUGUCUAUCGCCGCCUACGACUGGAAUGAAUACCGCAAGGACAAGGAAAUGGGUACUGCCAGCUUCGCAUUGGACAAGCUCGAACAAGAGCCUUCUCACGAGGGUAUUUAUCUGGAAGUGCAGGCCAGUGGCCGCCACCGCGGUGCGAUUCAAGCCGACAUCCGCUUCUUCCCCGUUCUCGAGGGACGCAAGGAUGAGGCUGGCGUGGCUGAGCCUGCACCCGAACUCAACACCGGUAUCGCGCAGUUCACUAUCGAGCAGGCUAAGGACCUUGACGGAAGCAAGAGUCUGGUGGGCAAGCUUAACCCCUACGCUGUUCUGCUCCUCAACGGAAAGGAAAUUCACAUUACGAACAAGCUCAAGCGGACCAACAACCCUAUCUUCCAGAAUGCCUCCAAGGAGUUCCUUGUCACAGACCGCAAAAACGCCAAACUCGGCCUUAUCCUCAAGGAUGACCGCGAUAUCAUGCAGGAUCCCAUCAUCGGCCGCUACCAGAUCAAGAUGAAUGACAUGAUCAAGAUGAUGGAGCGUGGCCAGCAGUGGUUCCAUCUCCACGGCGCGAAGGACGGCCGUGCUAAGAUGACCCUUCAGUGGAAGCCCGUUGCUCUGGGCGGCAUCGGUAGCGCCGGUUACGUUGAUCCCAUCGGUGUCAUGCGCUUCCACUUCAAGCGUGCGUCUAACCUGCGCAACCUCGAGGCCAUGGGCAAGUCUGACCCCUACGCUCGCGUGCUUCUUUCGGGCAUAACUCGCGGCCGCACUGUCACUUUCCGAAACAAUCUCAACCCCGAAUGGGACGAGGUUGUCUACGUGCCUAUCCGCAGCGCUCGUGAGAAGUUGACUGUUGAGGUUAUGGACGAGGAAACUAUCAACAAGGACCGAACGCUUGGUUGGUGUGAUCUUAAUGCUUCGGACUUCGUUCGUGAGUCUGAGAGCGGCGAGUUUGAGAUCGACGAUGAGAAGCAGGCUAUUACUAGCCCUUUGAAGAUCAGUGGUGGUGUUGCCAAGGGUGAACUCCACUACACGGUUUCCUUCUACCCCACUGUGCCUGUCGUCAACCCCGAGGACGAGGAAGAGGAAGAAGAGGAGGUUCCAGGUACUCCUGGUCCUGACUCUGAGUUCCGCAAGAGUAUCGACUCCCGGCCUAAGACUUUGCACACCAAGUCUGCUAGUGUGGACUCGAAGGCUUCCAAGGCCUCCAAGGCCUCCAAGGCUUUGUCUAAUGGCACUACUCCUAACGGAACUAACGGUACCGGCGAGCCGGCUACCAACGGCCGCACCAGUCUGGAGACUAAUGGGUCGCGCCCAAUGACUGGUCCCCAGUCUGAGACUGCGUCUCUCCGGUCGAUCAAGUCGAUUCCCCGCACUUUCGUCAGCGUGGAGGAUCUGGCGAAAUAUGAAUCCGGCUUCAUUGUGUUCAAGUUCCACGAGGGCCAGCUGGCUCACCAACAUGUCCAGCUGGAGGUUUUGAUGGACGACUACAUGUUCCCCGCCUAUGUCUCAUCCAAGAUUCACACCACGACCGCGAAGUUCACCGACGUCGGAGAGGCCUUCGUCCGCGAACUCGAGUUCUCCAAGAUCACCCUCCGUCUCGUCAACAAGGAUGACCCCAAGGAUUCUAGCGAGGAGCACACCGUCGCCAAGCUUACUGGUGACACCCUGCCCACCCUCAUGCGCAUGCUGUACACGCCCACCGAGCUUGUCCUCCGCUCCAACGCCGGCGAGGUCAGCAAGGUCACCGUCAGCGCCCGCUUCAUCCCCACUCAGAUGAAGCUCGACCCAGUGGAAAGCAUCAACAACAUGGGUACCCUCCGUGUGGACGUUCUCGACGCCGCUGAGCUGCCCGCUGCCGACCGAAAUGGUUUCUCUGACCCAUACUGCAAAUUCCGUCUGGCCGACGAGACCAUCUUCAAGACCAAGGUCCAGAAGAAGACCCUCCACCCGGCCUGGAACGAGUUCUUCGAAACACCAAUCAAAUCUCGUAUCGGUGCUAACUUCCACGUCGACGUGUAUGACUGGGAUUUCGGCGACAAAGCAGACUGGCUGGGCGCAACUCCGAUCGACCUUGAAGACCUGGAGCCCUUCACUCCCAAGGAAAUCACCCUCCCUCUGGACGGAAAAUCAGGCGUCAUCCGCCUCAAGCUUCUGUUCAAGCCAAGCUACGUCGUUCGCUCCCGUCAAGGAUCCUCCACUUUCUCAGGAACCUUUGCGGUACCCGGCAAGAUCGUCGGCGCACCCGUCAAGGGCGUAGGCUUUGUCGGUGGCAACGUAGUCCGCGGAGCCUCCUUCGUCAAGCACGGUCUCAUGUCCCGUUUCAACAAAGACAAGAAUAACGAAGACGCCAGCUCCAUCAUCGAGGAGGACAAGGACCGUCUCACGCCCUCUGCCUCCAUCGCCGACGGCGCUUCGUCCCCCAACACCCCUCAAAAGGAACACUCGCGCAACCGCAGCACAGCCUCGCAAUUCGGUGACCGCCUCAGCGUCAUCGGCGGCGUCGGUGCCGGCGACAAAGGAACAGCAAACAUCACCCUCGUCUCCGCAGCCAACUUCCCCACAAACGCCAACCUGCGCAUCCACGUCCGCAUCAUCGGCUCCAAGGGCGCAAAGGAAGUCCACAAGUCCAAGGCCCACAAGAACACCGCCGGAACAGUCAACUACGACGACUCCUUCCGCGUCAACACCACCGCCGACGCCCAGUACCAGAUCCGUGUCGUCGACCACGCCACCUUCGGCUCUGACGAUGUCCUCGGCGAAGCGCUGUUCUUCAUUGACGACCAGGGCUCCGUCGCCGGCCAAGAUAAGCUCGUUACCGUUGGCGACGGCGUCGUUACGAUCCGCUCUAGCUUUGCGCCUGCUGAGGGUGCCCUCCGGCCUACGACUAGUGGGUCUACAGCUGCUGAGGAGGAUGUCUCUGGGAGUCCGGAUUCGAGGAAGUUGCCCAGGAGGAGCUUUUUGACUAAGAGGAGUGUUAGUGGAGUUUGA